UUGUGCGUUUUGAUAGCGCCAAAAAUUACUCGUUUUUAGUUUUUUACCUAUUUUUUUAAUAAAAAAGCAAAUAUAAUACGAUAAAACCUAAGUCAGAAGAGUGUGCAAAUAGUUUGGCAAGUUUUAGAUCGUAGUACUCAUGUCAUUCUUUGGUGGCAACACAUCGCUCGGUGCGACAAGCACGCCGGCUAAACCGGGCGGCAUGUUUGGUUCAGCGUUUGGUGCCACAACUGGAGCUGCGGCGCCGUCUUUUGGAGGCGGCAUGUCGACGUCAGCGUUUGGUGCUGCACCUUCAGCUUUUGGUGCAGCCCCAACAAGUGCACCGGCUUCUACACUGGGCGGUGGAUUUGGAGGUUUUGGUGCACAAGCACCGACAAGUCAGCCCAGCUUAUUUGGAACUCCCGCAAUAGGAUCGGCACCGCCUGCAUUCAGCGGUUUCGGACAGCUGCCAACAACGAGCAAUGCGCCUGGUAGUGGAUUUGCGGGAUUUGGAGCAACAGCGACAACAGCACAACCGUUUGGUGGCUUUGGCGCCAGCCAGCCGACAGCGUUUGGCGGCGGCGCCUUUGGAUCAAAUUUUGGUAAACCAGCUGCGCCGACUGUGACGCCAGGUUUUGGUGGAUUUGGUGGUACAAAUUUUAUGAUGGGACAGCCACAGCAGCAGCCUGUGCCGAUUUCAUCGGAUGAGGCCUUUGCACAGUCUAUUCUAAAUGUGUCAAUAUUUGGCGAUGAGCGUGACAACAUUGUGGCCAAAUGGAACUAUCUACAGGCCAUGUGGGGCACCGGCAAAUUAUUUUACUCACAAAGCGCUGCGCCGGUGGACAUUACGCAGGAGAAUUACCUGUGCCGCUUCAAAGCUAUAGGCUACAGUCGUAUGCCUGGCAAAGACAACAAACUGGGACUGGUUGCACUCAACUUUGAUCGGGAUCUGGCGACGGUUAAGACACAACAGCAACAGAUUAUACAAACGCUACACAGCUUAAUGGGCAGCAAGCCAAAUCUAUUGGUGCACAUCGACGUUCUCAAAGAGCUGGAGCACAAAAAGUGUCAAAUGGUCAUCUAUGUGGAGGAGAAACUACAGCUUUCGCAUGGGCCAAAUGAUAGCAAGCGAAUACUUGCCACCGAGCUGGCCAGUUAUUUGGGACAGGCACAAGUGAAGCCACAGUUGAGCAAUCUGGGCAUGACAGAAGCUUUGGCUCUUACACUGCCCGACGAGGAUCAAUUAAAGGAAUAUUUAGAGAAUCCUCCGCGAAGUGUUGAUCCACGCAUGUGGCGUCAAGCUAAUUUAGACAAUCCAGAUGCCAGCCAAUUCAUACCUGUACCCAUGAUUGGUUUUAGCGAUCUUAAAUGGCGCGUCAAAUGUCAGGAACAGGAGACAGAUACGCAUGCGCUGUACAUGAAGAAGGUGGAGGGCGAAUUACAGGAACUUCGGCGGCGACAUGCUUCCGCAACAGCUAGAAUAAUGGAGCACAAACGCAAAUUAGCCGAAAUGAGCCAUCGCAUACUGAGGAUUGUUGUGAAACAGGAAUGCACUCGCAAAGUGGGCAGCACAUUAACGCCCGAGGAAGAAGCGCUACGCACCAAGCUGCAAAAUAUGCAGGCUGUCGUCUCGGCGCCCACUCAGUUUAAGGGUCGGCUAAGUGAGCUACUCUCCCAAAUUCGGAUGCAGCGCAGUCAAUUUGCCAACAAUGGCCUCCCUGAAUAUGCACUUGAAAAGAACGCAGAAGAUGAGAUGAGAACUAUAAUGACCAUGCAGCAGCGCGCAAUGGAGGUGUUGAAAGAAACGGUCAACAAGGACCUGGAAGCGCUGGAUAUUAUCAUAAAAGGUUUGCCCGAAUUACAGCAAACAUGAUCCUCCAUAUGACUGGUACCGAAAUUAUAUAGUUGUUUGUCUAAUAUAGAGUCAAUGCAAAAGAUAUAA